UUUGAAGUAGAAUUUCUGGGGCCAUCGUAUCACCCAUUCAAAAAACAGCGAGGACUUAGAGCUGCAACAUAAGCCUGAAAAUAUUCACCUCAUUCGCCUUUUGCUGAUCGUUACUUCUCUUACAACAUGAGCCAUCACGGAGAUCCAGCCCAUACCCAGGGGCACUCUGACCACCACCAUGCAGAGCACCAUCAUCACCACUCCGAUCACCACUCUUCGGACCAUCACCAUCACCACUCCGACCACCACCAUUCAGAGCAUCACAAGCACGACGACCACAAGCAUAAGGAGCACAAGCACAAGCACAAGGAGCACAAACACAAACACAAGGAGCACAAACACAAGGAGCACAAGCAUAAGGAGCACCACAGUGGUUCCUCCUCUUCCUCUUCCUCCUCUGAUUCGUCAUCUGAUUCGGAUUAGGUGACUCAACGGAGUGAUUGAUUCAGUCAAUGUGGCGACUGGAAGAUUCCUCGAGGGUUUGAUUGGUUGUUGGGUCCUUGAAUUAUCUUUAUUGUACUGAUGUCUCAUUAUUUCAAGUUGUUAGCAUGCAUGAAUAGCAACACAUAGAAAUAUAGAUAAAUAUAAGUGUG